AGUUUAUUUCCUUUUCGUUCCCACCUUUUAAUUUGCCAGCUCUGUUUGGUUCUGUCCCUUCUCUUCCUCAAACCCAAAGAUCUUUCUCCUUUUUUAUAAAAGCUUCGAAGGAGGUGUCAGCGUGACAAGGAAAACUCCAAGAAAUGUCUAGCGCUGGAAAACUUCUGGAUCCUGCAUUUCAUGGAGUGGGUCAGAAACCUGGGACUGAAAUUUGGCGUAUUGAGAAUUUGCAGCCGGUUCCUUUGCCGAAGUCUGACUAUGGAAAAUUCUAUACGGGCGAUUCUUACAUUGUCUUACAGACAACAUCAGGAAAAGGCGGUUCAAAUCUGUAUGAUAUACACUUCUGGAUCGGGAAAGAUACCAGUCAGGACGAAGCUGGAACAGCUGCUAUUAAAGCCAUUGAGCUAGAUGCAGCAUUAGGAGGGCGUGCUGUGCAGCACAGGGAACUUCAAGGUCACGAAUCUGACCAAUUUUUGUCCUACUUUAAACCUUGCCUUAUACCACUGGAGGGUGGCUUUGCUUCUGGAAUUAAAGAACCCGAAGGAGAGUUCGAGACGCGUUUAUACGUGUGCAGAGGAAAGCGAGCUGUGAAAUUGAAACAGAUUCCUUUUGCUCGGUCUUCACUGAAUCAUGACAAUGUAUUUAUCCUGGACACUCAAAACAAGAUUUAUCAGUUCAAUGGUGCAAAUUCUAAUAUUCAGGAAAGGGCAAAGGCAUUAGAAGUUACUCAGUUUUUAAAGGAAAAGUAUCACGACGAAAAGUGUGAUGUUUCAAUUGUUGAUGAUGGGAAAUUGGGCUCCGAAUCCAACUCUGAUGAGUUUUGGGUCUUCUUUGGUGGUUUUGCUCCAUUAGGCAAGAAGGUUACCAGUGAAGAUGAUGAUAUUCUUGAUACUGCUCCUGCUAAACUUUAUAGCAUAACUGAUGGUGAGCUGAAGCCUGUUGAAGGCAAACUAUCAAAAGACCUUUUGGAAAACAAAAAAUGCUACCUACUAGACUGUGGUGCUGAGGUUUUUGUUUGGAUUGGACGGGCGACACAAGUAGAUGACAGAAAAGCUGCCAGUCCAGUUGUUGAGGAUUUUAUCACUAGGGAGAAUAGAGCACAAACAGCACGUAUGACCCGUGUCAUCCAAGGAUAUGAAACUAAUUCAUUCAAGUGCAACUUUGAUUCUUGGCCGGUAGGGUCAACAGCCCCUAGUGUUGAGGAGGGAAGAGGAAAAGUAGCCGCUUUUCUGAAGAAACAAGGAGUUGGUGCCAAGGGAAUGAGCAAAAUUAGCACUCCUGUUCCUGUAAAUGUAGAAGUCCCUCCUUUGCUCAAAGGCGGUGGAAAGAUGGAGGUAUGGUGCAUUAAUGACAGUCUCAAGACACCAUUGCCGAACGAUGAUAUCGGUAAAUUCUACAGCGGAGACUGUUACAUUGUGCUUUAUACCUACCACUCAGAUGAGAAGAAAGAAGAUUACUUCCUGUGCUGUUGGAUUGGGAACGAUAGCAUUGAGGAGGACCGACAGACGGCAUAUAAGUACGCUACUACAUUUUGUAACUCGUUAAAGGGGAGGCCUGUUCAGGGUCGAGUGUUUGAAGGUAACGAACCACCCCAAUUCAUUGCACUUUUUCAAUCUAUGGUGGUCCUUAAGGGUGGUCAAAGCACUGGUUACAAAAAGAGUUUAUCUGACAAAGGCUUGACAGAUGAAACCUACACAGCCGAUUCUUUUGCUCUAUUUCGUAUAUCAGGAACUGAUGUGCACAAUAAUAAAGUACUGCAAGUCGAUACGGCGGCAACUCUGUUGAACUCGAGUGAGUGUUUCCUCCUGCAAUCUGAACAAACAAUUUUCUUAUGGCAAGGAAACGAAAGCACCAAUGGACAGAAGCAAUUAGCUGCAAAAAUUGCUGCAUUUUUUAAGCCUGGAGUUUCUGUUAAAAAUGCUAGAGAAGGAAAAGAGAGCAAUUCCUUCUGGCUCGCACUCGGGGGGAAACGAAGUUAUACCAGUGAAAAAGCAUCUUUUGGGAGUGCCAGGGAUCCCCACUUGUUCACUUUCUCCCUUAAAAAGGGAAAGUUCGAGGUGGAGGAAAUCUAUAAUUUCUCACAGGAUGAUCUCUUGACAGAAGAUAUCUUGAUACUUGACACACAUGCAGAAGUGUUUGUCUGGGUUGGUCAGUGUGUAGAUGUACUAGAUAAGCAAAGCGUUUUCGAAAUCGGUCAGAAAUAUAUCGACAGGGCUGCAUGUCUGGAUGGUUUGUCUCCUACUGUUCCACUUUACAAGGUUACUGAAGGAAAUGAACCCUGCUUCUUCAGAACAUUCUUUUCAUGGGAUCCCCAUCGAGCUGCCGUGCAAGGAAACUCAUACCAGAAGAAGAUGGCAUUGCUCUUUGGAGCUAGCCUGACAUUGCUCUUGGGAGCUAGCCAUGCUGCAGAGGACAUGUCCAUGGGGUUCCAAGGGGGUAAGACUCAAAGGGCUGCGGCGUUAGCCGCCUUAUCUUCUGCAUUCAAUCCAUCUCCGGCCAAAUCGACCUCUUCGGCCCAGGAUCGCUCCCAGGGAGAUCCGAGUGGACCGACACAAAGAUCUGCAGCUUUAGCAGCUUUAAUGACUGCAUUAAAUCCAUCAGAUGAACCCAAAACCUCAUCUCCAAAGCCUCCCAGUUCUAGUCAGGGAUCGCAAAGAGCUUCAGCUUUGGCAGCUUUAGAAUCUGCAUUUAAUCCUUCAUCCGAAACCAAAACCUCAGCUCCAAAGCGUAUCAGUUUUCGUCAGGCAUCACAAAGAGCGGCCGCAAUAGCCGCUCUUUCCUCUGUUCUCACUGCUGAAUGUAAGAAACAACCGCCUGCCUUGUCACCUGAGAAACACUCUAGGAGCACUUCCCCGAUAACCAGCCCACCUCCCGCGGAAAAGAGUCCAGCGGACCCUUCUGAAGCAGAGGAUUCUGCAGAGGUUGCUAAAACCAACGACGAACAUUCGGAACCAAAGGAACAGAUAGAGCAGGACCAGGAUGAGGUGCUUACAGCCCUCUAAGCACAUUCAAAUACG